AUGAGUCGAUACGAGGGACCCGAUGAUUUUGAGCGGGACCCCGGCGAGGUUUAUCUCGCUCCCCUCCAGACAUGGGAGCGUGCUGUUAUGGAGAAGCGCGGAAUUGAGGAAACCCUCCACCGCAGCUACAUGGACUUGCUAAGCAAAUAUCGCGCCAAAUGCGCUGAGUGCGACCGUGAGAAACGGAACGCCGUUCUAUGGGAAAAAGAACAGCGCCAGGGAGAAAGAGAGCUAACUAGUCUGCGGGCUGCCGCGGAUUCAUCCCCUUUUGCUUUUAUUGUUAUCGAUGGAGACGGCGCUGUUUUUCGAGAGGAGCUUAUUGCCCGUGGCGAAGAAGGCGGUGGAGCGGCCGCUCAUGAGCUGCAUCACCAACUUAAGGCUUACUUUCAGGAAAAUCCGCUUUUCCAAAACAUCGACAGCAUUUUUGUUCACGUUAUUCUUAGCGUUGAUGGGUUGUCUCGGGCCCUUCAUGCCUCCGGAACCCUUCCUAUCACCGAUCAUGCCGCCUUAACCAAAUUCGCCCGCGGCUUCUGUCGUGCCCAGCCUCUAUUCACUUUCACCGAUGUCGGCUACGGAAAAGAGCAGGCCGAUCAUAAAGUACGCAAGCUCUUUGAGAUCAUGGAAAGGAACAUCCAGUGCAAGUGUCUUGUCUUGGCGGGCUGCCAUGAUAACGGCUAUGCUACGUUUCUCGAGUCCUUCCGUGGCAAUCAGAAGAUCUGUUUGUUGGAAACGACCUCCCCAGCGGCCGAUUUCAGAAAGUUUGCUUUCAAGCGAAUUGCUUUCCCUUCCGUCUUUCGCUCAGAGCCUAUCCCAUCGCGAACCGCCGCUCCUCCGGGAUUUGCUGCCACUACGACCUUGCCGCCGUUCUCUUCCGUGAGAACAUCCCCGCCACCUUCGGUAGUCAGCCCCGUUGCCAAUGGAUUACACGGUCUCCCGAGUCCAGCAGCCACAGCGUCUCCCAAGUUAGCCGCGCCCGCUCAAGUUGCCACGCCUGCCACUCCUAAAUCGGAGCCUGCCCAAAGCAGCUAUGCCAAUAUUGGACGUAACAGCGGACCCCCCAACAUCAAUAUCGGUGUCCAGAAGAAAGCGCCCACCACACGUCCGUUCUAUCAACUCAACAAAAACGACGAACGCGUGGAUGUGACUCUGGGUAAACCGGAUGCCAAUGCUGUAAAGUCCCUUGAGGACCGCCGGCAGAUGAGCGGUAUGAACCUUUGCAACAGAUACCAUCUGGCUGGUAACUGCAAAAACAACAACUGCAACUUUUACCACGGCGAGCGCCUGACACCGGCCCAAUUACUUGCGCUCCGUCACCGAACACGCAACCUCGUUUGUGGUUCCGGCCAUCUUUGCCGCGAAGCCACCUGCAACCUCGGCCACCAUUGCUCAAACCCCGGCUCAUGCUACUUUGGCGAUGAUUGCCGGUUUUCUGAGAUGCAUGGGAUGGACAUUACCCCUACCAUCAAGAUUUACGAGGAUGGCACCCGAGAAGUUGUUUAA